CUCGAUCGAAGUUUUUUUGUUUUGAGUGUGCAGGAUUAACUACGAUGAAAGUAAGACAUGUAGCAGGAGUUGCGCCGGAGUCAAGUUCAUGAUCAUGUUGGGAGUUCGAGAGUUCGACGGAAGUUCGGACGGUCGUCGGAGGUUCUGCGAGAACAGAUCCGAGAAGUCCAGAAGCUUGCCAAGCGAAGCUCAUCGGAACUCGCCAAGUGGAUCGUCGCAAAGUCCAGGAGUUUGCCGGAAGUCCGCAGGAGCAUCACCGAGAGUUCAUCGGAUGAUCGACGGAAGUUCGCCGGAAACUCGCCGGAAGAAGCGAUUGACGCACCGAAGCAAAGCUGCAGAAAUUGUCUUAGAUCUAAUCGUAGUUAGCACGUUGAUUAAGUUGGAAAAUGGGAGGUGAUCCCAUUAGCUUAAUCUUGGGGCAAUUGGGCCCCUGAAAGUCUGAAAUUGGGUCGAAUGGUGCUAACCAUUCGGACCCUGAUUGCACCAGGAGGUGCAACCGCCUAGGCCAGGAGGUGGCACCGCCUGGGCUAAGCCUCCCAGUGAGACUGGGAGGUGCAACCGUCCCAGCCAAGAGGUGGCACCGCCUGAGCUCAGUCUUCGAGCUAGAUUGGGCGGUGCAACCUCCCUGACAGAGAGGUGGCACCGCCUGAGCUCAGUCUUCGAGCUCUGGCAGAGAGGUGCAACCGCCUCAGUCAAGAGGUGGCACCGCCUGGGGCUCAGUCUCCGAGCCAGACUCAGGAGGUGCAACCGCCCCUGACACAGAGGUGCAACCGCCUGGGCUCAGUCUUCGAGCUCUGCCAGGCGGUGCAACCUCUCCAAUCAGGAGGUGCAACCGCCUGAUCCCGGAAUUUCGGGAUUUGAUCGUUUUGAGCUCCAAAUUUGAAUUGGGUUGGGGCCUAUAAAUACCCCACCCAUUCAGCACUGAAAGCACAGAACACACACUCGAAAUCUUGCUAUCUUUCUGUGUUUCUUAGAGCUCAAAACUGCUAGUUCUCCUCUUUCUAUUCUUCAAGUUUGAGUUGUAAAGAGAGGAGAGAAAACUUCUAUAAGGGUUGUCUCCUAAGCCCGCCAAAAGGAGUGAAUCUGUAAGAGGGUGGUUGGCCUUCGCCUAUCGAAGGAAGGUCUCUAGUUGACGUCGGUGACCUCGUCGGUGGAGGAAGCCAAAAGUGGAGUAGGUCAAGACUGACCGAACCACUCUAAAUCUCUGGUUUGCGUUUGUUUUGAGCACUUUAUCAUUACUGCAAACCUCCUACAUAGCUACUGCUCUCUGCGCCUUUACGAACAAGUUUCUAAGUGCUGAUCUUUCCGAAUCUGCAUUCAGACGUAAAUCGGUGUUUUCAUACAUUACAGUUUACGAUUACGUUUUGUAACUGCAAACUGUCUUCUGCGCUUUUACGAACGAGUUUCUUUGCAGUUUACAUUUACGUUUUGAUUCUAUUUAUAACUGCAAACUGUCUUCUGCAAUUUUACGAACGAGUUUCAAGGUUUAGACGAAAAUCUGCAUUUAGACGUAAAACUGCAUUUAGACGUAAAUCGGCUUUCCUCGUACAAUCAUCAGAUUUCAGUUUACGUUUACGUCUUGAUUUCAACUGCAUACUGCCUUCUGCGAGUCUACAAACGAGUUUCAAAGUUCAGACGUAAAUCUCCGUUUAGACGUAAAUCUGCGUUUAGACGUAAAUCUGCGUUUAGACGUAAAUCUACGUUUAGACAUAAAUCUGCUUUUUGUAGAUUACUUUUUGAGCUGUACAAUAGCAGCACACUGUCUUUAUACUUCUGCUUAAACUACGCUUAGACGCAAACUGUGUUUAGACGCAAACUGCGCUUAGACGCAAUCUGCGCUUAGACGCAAUCUGAGCUUAGACGCAAUCUGUAUUUAGACGCAAACUGCGUUUAGACGCAAACUGUGUUUAGACGUAAACUGCACUUAAUCAUAAGUAAUCUUAGAAUCGGCUUUUGCAUCAAAAUAGUUUUUAUCGAACGAACACAGCUUUCGUUUUUAAUCGCUGAAAGAUUUCCGCUGCACUAAUUCACCCCCCCCCUCUUAGUACUCUCGAUCCUAACAAUUGGUAUCAGAGCGGGGUAUUUCUCAUUUCGGAUUUACACCCGAGAGAAAUGGCUCUUCAAGAGGGCUUUUCGGUCUUUCGUCCACCGUUCUUUAACGGAUUGGACUACACUUAUUGGAAAACUCGAAUGAGAGUUUUCUUGAUUUCUCUAAAUCUGGAUUUAUGGAAUAUCGUUGAAAACAGUUUUUAACUUCCCUCUAAACCGAUGAACGAAUGGUCGGAUUUAGAGAAGAAGUAUUUUUCUUUAAACGCAAAGGCUAUGAAUGCCUUAUUUUGCGCUUUGGACAAAAAUGAGUUCAAUCGGGUUUCUUUGUGCGAAACGGCUUUCGAUAUUUGGCGCACUCUUGAAAUCACGCACGAGGGAACUAGUAGAGUCAAAGACUCGAAAGUUAAUAUUUUACUGCAUGAUUUCGAGCUUUUUCAUAUGAAACCAAGCGAAACCGUUGUUGACAUGUACACCCGUUUUACGGAUGUCGUCAAUGGUUUAAAAUCACUUGGUAAAAGUUUUUCGGACUUUGAACUCGUUAACAAAGUUUUGCGCUCACUUUCUAAAACUUGGGAUUCAAAAGUAACUGCUAUUCAAGAAUCGAAAAACUUGAACCAAUUUCCACUUGAAGAACUAAUUGGUUCAUUGAUCACAUAUGAAAUGACGUGCAAUGCACGUGAAGAACUUGAGAACCACCUUCCAAAGAACAGGAAGGAUUUGGGACAUAGAACAUUUGAAGACCACUCGAGCAUAAGCUCAAGUGAUGGUGAACUUAAACUACAAAUGAAACAAAAAUUAAAAAGUAAAAAGAACGGAACUACUUGCUUUGAACGCAAGAAGAAGGACAAAAAUUGGGAUGAAUCAAGCUCCUCCGAAGACGAGGAGAAAAUCAACAAAGGCGAGGUGGCAAACUACGCCUUUACGCCUUUCGACGCUGAGGCAGGAGCAGAUGCCUGCUUUGUGGAGGCACCAAGGGAUGAUGAUGAACUGAGGGAAAUUGGCAGGCGCACAAAUGAGUACAGAGUGUGCAACAUGAUCGAGGGUGGAAUUACACCUUUGCUCCAAGAAAUGGGCUUUCAUCUCAUUGUUCACCCCCUCACUACUCUCUAUGCAUCUGCCCGUGGAUUAAUUGACAUCCUCAGGGAUCUGAAGGAAGCAGGAACCACUAGAGGCCAGCUCCACAAGCUUGCCACGUUUGAGGAGUUCAACAAACUGAUUGAAUUGGAUUCAUGGUUUGAACUUGAAGCUCGGUACUCCAAAACCAGAAAGUUCCGCUCACAAGUGAAAAACUAACAAAUCAUGUUGGUGAUGAAAACCGUAGUUUGUUAAGCUUUCUGAGGAAACUUUCUACACUUAA